AUGUCUGGCUUCCUUGAGAAUGCCUACAGCCUGGUCCAUCAGGACAAUGCGGCCGACGUGCCCUCGGUCCCCGACCUGCGCACCCAGCUGGAGAAGGGUACCGACGACACCAAGGUCGAAACCAUGAAGCGCAUCUUGACCAUCAUGCUCAAUGGCGAUCCGAUGCCUACCCUGCUCAUGCACAUCAUUCGAUUCGUCAUGCCCUCCAAACACAAGGCUCUCAAAAAGCUCCUAUACUUCUACUACGAGAUCUGCCCCAAGCUCGACUCCAGCGGCAAGUUGAAGCAGGAGAUGAUCUUGGUCUGCAAUGGCAUCCGGAACGAUCUUCAACAUGCCAAUGAGUACAUUCGAGGAAAUACGUUGAGGUUCCUCUGCAAACUACGCGAGCCAGAGCUGAUUGAGCCACUUCUAUCCUCGGCGCGUUCGUGUCUUGAGCACCGGCACGCAUACGUUCGAAAGAACGCUGUUUUUGCCGUGUCGUCAAUCUACUCUCACUCACCGUCCCUCAUCCCCGAUGCGGCCGAACUCAUCUCCAACUUUCUCGAUGGAGAAACUGAUGCUACAUGCAAAAGAAAUGCGUUCGCAGCACUGGCCAGCAUCAACCACGAUGCCGCGCUUUCAUAUCUGAGCUCCGUCUUCGAGGGCAUCACAAACGCCGAGGAACUGCUGCAGCUAGUAGAGCUCGAGUUCAUCCGCAAGGAUGCGGUCCAAAACUCGCAAAACAAGGCCCGCUACUUGAGAUUAAUCUUCGACUUGUUGGAUGCUGGGGCGUCAACCGUGGUCUACGAAGCCGCCUCAUCCCUGACUGCCCUUACCAAUAACCCAGUCGCCGUCAAGGCUGCCGCCGCGAAGUUUAUCGAGCUGAGCAUCAAAGAGGCAGACAACAAUGUCAAGCUUAUCGUGCUUGACCGCGUCGACCAGCUGCGCAAGAAGAACGAGGGCAUUCUAGACGACCUGACCAUGGAGAUUCUUCGGGUACUGUCGAGCACAGAUAUUGAUGUGCGCAGAAAGGCGCUCGGCAUCGCCUUGGAUAUGGUUUCGAGCAGAAAUGUCGAAGAGGUGGUACUUCUCCUCAAGAAGGAGCUUUCAAAGACCGUGGAUCAAGAAUACGAGAAGAACACGGAAUAUCGCUCGCUUCUCAUUCACUCGAUUCACCAAUGCGCCAUCAAGUUUUCGGAGAUAGCUGCGAGCGUAGUGGAUCUCUUGAUGGAUUUCAUCGCAGACUUCAACAAUGCUUCCGCCGUCGACGUCAUCAACUUUGUCAAGGAAGUCGUGGAGAAGUUCCCUGCCCUGCGGAAAACGAUCGUGGAGCGACUCGUCUCGACUCUCGGCGAGGUUCGCGCAGGCAAGGUGUACCGAGGAAUCAUGUGGAUCAUUGGCGAGUAUUCCCUGGACGAGGCAGACAUUCGGGAUGCGUGGAAGCGGAUACGAGCCAGCCUUGGCGAGAUCCCCAUCCUCGCCUCGGAGCAGCGGCUACUGGAGGAACACGACAGCGACAAAGUCGACGAACAGGUCAACGGCAGUUCGAAGCCGGCGGCGCCAAGCGGCUCACGCAAGGUACUCGCGGACGGCACAUAUGCCACCGAAACGGCGCUCACUAGUCAAUCAUCGGCUACCGCCAAGUUGGAAGCCGUCAAGGCCGCUCAAAAACCACCGUUGCGACAGCUGAUCCUCGACGGAGACUACUAUUUGGCCACAGUCCUGGUGUCAACCCUGGUGAAGCUGGUCAUGCGACAUUCUGAGAUCUCCGCUGACAAGGCACGGACGAAUGCACUGAGGGCCGAAGCCAUGCUCAUCAUGAUCUCUAUACUCCGCGUCGGACAAUCUCAGUUUGUCAAGGCGCCCAUUGACGAAGACUCUGUUGAUCGCAUCAUGUCAUGCGUGCGCUCUCUGGCAAACUUCAACGAGAAGAAGGAGCUGGCGACCGUAUGGCUGGACGAUACGAGGAAGGCAUUCCGGGCCAUGGUUCAGGUGGAAGAGAAGAAGCGGGCUGCCAAGGAGGCGUACGAGAAGGCGAAGACGGCCAUUCAAGUCGACGAUGUCGUUCAGAUCCGACAGCUCUCCAAGAAGAACGUUGGUGACGGUUUUGACGAGAUCGAGGUGGACUUGGAGAGGGCAACUGGCGGCGAGUCGACCACCGAGGACCUUUCGUCCAAGCUCAGCCGCGUCGUCCAGUUGACUGGCUUCUCGGACCCCGUGUACGCCGAAGCGUAUGUCAAGGUUCAUCAGUUCGACAUCGUCCUUGACGUGCUCCUUGUCAACCAGACAACCGAGACUUUGCAGAACCUGUCCGUCGAGUUUGCAACGCUCGGUGACCUCAAGGUCGUGGAGCGGCCAACGACGCAGAACCUGGGAGCGCACGACUUCCACAAUGUCCAGUGCACCAUCAAGGUCUCGUCAACAGAUACGGGUGUCAUUUUCGGCAACGUGGUGUACGACGGGGCCCACUCGACUGACACCAAUGUCGUCAUCCUGAACGAUUUGCAUGUCGACAUCAUGGAUUACAUUCAGCCGGCCACUUGCACGGAAACCCAGUUCCGUACCAUGUGGACCGAGUUUGAGUGGGAAAACAAGGUCAACAUCAACUCCAAGGCCAAGUCGCUGCGGAAUUUCCUGGAUCAGCUGAUGGCGUGUACCAACAUGAGCUGCCUCACCCCCGAGGCAAGCCUAAAGGGAGACUGCCAGUUCCUGAGCGCCAACUUGUAUGCCCGUAGUGUGUUUGGCGAGGACGCGCUCGCCAACCUGAGUAUCGAGAAAGAAGGAGAGGACGGGCCAAUCACGGGUUUCGUCAGGAUCAGGAGCAGGUCGCAAGGCUUGGCCCUGAGCCUUGGCUCCCUCAAGGGGUUGAACAAGAUUGGCUCGCAGUAG